CGAAGAUUUGCUAUCCUGAAAUAUACUGUCGCUAUGAAACUAGAUCUAUGAGUUUGCUGUUUGAACGGUUCGUAAACAGAAGUAUAAUGGCCACUCCAGUGUGUUAUGAGAUCAGCAGGGAUGAUCAGUAACUGCACGUGACCAGUUUGGUCGCAAAUAUAUCCUUUCUGGUCAGCGGACAAGCAUACUACCAAAACUUUUUUCCAAUACAGAUCAAACUGGAAUCAACGACUUGAUUGGAAAUACAGUAACGGAAAAAUCUCAAUCCUGUUUCAUCCAGACUAUGUCGAUUUCUGGAACGAGUUCUGAGAAGCCGAAAGCAAAAUAUCAACGUAUUUCGGAUGAAAUCUCAGACGUCGACGAAGAAACUACAAAUUUGAAUGCUGACUUGCUUACAUUUCGUUCAAUCGACGAAAUUCUGGAUGAAACAGGAUUGAGAUUUUUUCAUUGGAAAGUUUUCCUGUUGAUGUGCGUUCAACUUAUGGCAAAUGCGAUUGAAUAUUCCAUUUUAUCCAUUGUACUUCCGAGUCUAAAAUCAGAUUGGAAAAUGUCUCCAAUCAUGGCCGGAGUAUUGACUCUCUCGAUGUCUGUCGGUAUGCUGGUAGGAUCACCUUUUUGGGCGUGGCUGUCGGACAAAUACGGCAGAAAGUGCUCAUUUAUCGGGAGUGGAAUGUUCAUACUUGUCUUCGCAUUGAUGAGCGCGUUUUCAACGAACUACUACUGGCUUUGGAUAAGCCUUUUCUUUGUCGGAUUCGGAGUUACGACUGUAGAUCUGAGUUAUGUUGUAAUAGUGGAAUUCUUCCCGCUGAAAUAUCGAAAUAUGUUUUCAGUAUUAACCACGCUGUUCUGGACAUUGGGAUUUCUACUUUCGGCUGUUGUUUCAAUGAAGCUUUCGGUGAUCGGUUAUCAUUGGGCUCUGGCUACCGUGUGUUUUCCGACUGCAAUUUUUCUUAUCGGUAUGAUAUUUCUCCCGGACACUCCCUAUUAUCACCUUGCAGCUGGGAACGAGCAGAAAGCUUUGAACAUUCUACAAGAUUUGGCGCCUGAAAUGGAUUUCAGCGACACAAGACUUCGGAAACACAAUCCCCAGACACAGAGGGCAGAUUUCACACAGCUAUUUCGAUCAGGUUAUUGGAAAAUCACAAUAUGCGCUUGUAUCGCCUAUUUUGGAACCCUGGUGACGUAUGACGGUUUAAUAUACACCGCGUCUGACGUUGCAGGCAGUCAAAAUUCAACAUCUUCAACGAAUGGCACGCGAAACAGUGAAAAUAUGCAUUCCAUUAUGGCCUGGAUGAACUUGCCUGAGAUUGUGAUCGUUUUCAUAACUGGUUUAAGUUGCUACGUUUUUAGAGUAAAAAUUUUAACCCUAAUUAUUAUAGUCUUGGCAAUUUUAUCACAGAUUAUCGCUUUGUUUGUCGUAAACCAUAGAAUGCCAUUACUCAUAGCCACAAUGUUAUCUCGAAGUUUCCUCGCGACAAACACGUGUCUAAUGUCGUUAUUCGCAUCGCUGGUUUACCCGACAGAAAAUCGUAGCAUUGGAGUUGGAGCUUGUGUGUGUGUUGGAAGCAUUGGGACAAUUCUAGGACCGUUCAUCUUCGAGACAUUCUUUGCCCAAAAAUACCUCAACGGAAUUGUAUUUAAUCUUGUGAUAUUAUCGGUGACAAUUAUAGCAACUGUCUUGCUGCCGUCGCAAAGCGCCACCUUAAGCUAAGAUACAUUGGUCAAAUUUAUAUGCGUAGUUUGAAACAAUUUUUAUUAAUGUGCGUGUCCACACCAGCUGACGAAGUUUUUGAGAUUAGAGUUGAAGUUUUCAACUGGUAAAUUCAAGAUAUUAGUUUGAAAGAUUUGGAAACACACUAUACGAUUUCUACACGACUAUAUAUCCAUAAUACUUUAUACUUUAGCUUAUCUUUUCGAAAGUGGUGAAAAUGGAACCAUUGGGCAAAUUUAAACGGUUUUUACAAAGUUUGUCGAUUUCCACAGCGAGCCCAGAGAAGUCGAUUGCAAGUCAAAACAACGAAGUCCGUGCAAAAUACCAAUAAAUCAAGAUUUCAGAUGAUUGCACCGAAUUGUAUUUAGGCUUUUGAUAUUAUUGGGGUCAUAUAUAGCAACUGUCUUCCUAUAUAACCAAAUCUCGUAAAUCAGAUUUUCCGAUGAUGUCAAUGAUAAAGCUUUUGAGAGCAUCGGUAAAUAACGUAACACAGUCUGUAAAUAAUCAUGUAAAUAGAACAACUCUUGAUAGCAAUCCCGUUCAACGAAAUUCAAACUUAAAGCCGCCUGAUUUUAAUAUAUAAAAUUUAAAGGGGCUUAAAGUGGCAAACUUAAAUAUAAAUAGUCUUUUAAAACAUAUUGAUGAAAUUCGCUUUCUGCUGUUUGAUAAUCCGUUUGAUAUCUUGGCUACUAAUGAAACUAGAUUAUAUUCCUCAAUCCCGGAUUCGGAAAUGUAUGUUAAUAAUUACAACCUUCUCCGUUUUGAUCGAAAUAGAUUUGGGGGUGGUGUGCCUUUUUAAAUAAAGAAAGAUAUAUAAAGGUUCAUCUAAGAGAAAAGAUCUAGUCCCUGAUAAUCUAGAAAUGCUGUGGCUUGAGAUUACUAGACAACACAGUAAGCCUUAAUAGCUACUUAGUAUCGACCACCUAAUAGACCUUUUUUAUCAUGACGUCAGACGCGGAAAGUUUGAUGUUACAUGAAAUUGAUUGGUUCCACAAAACUAUCGAGCCAAUCGAACUUCAUGUAACAUUAGACAUUCCGCGUUUGACGUCAUUAUUAAAAAGGUCCAUUGUGAACUCGAUAGAUUUACUGAUUUGAAUUGUUUCUUUUUAAAUGCGAUACAGGAAAUAAGGAGCUAAUUUUGGUUGGAGAUUUAAACUGCGACAUCAGCAAACCAGUUACUGAUUCACAAACUCGGCAGCUGCAAUCUAUAAGCACUUUAUAUCAAGUAACGUAAGUUAUAUGCAUGUCUUGCUCCUUUCGCAAAGCUCCACCUUAAUUAAGUUACAUAACAAGGACCAU